UAAGAAGAUUAUUCUCGUGAAACAAAUCAAAGUCCCUAUAAAUAGAUGGAAACUUAAAGGCUCCAAAAACUCACUCUCGGAGCGGCUCAUCCCCUAGCAGGAGGCAUCAUGGUCAGUCGUGUGGAGCACCCCGCGGGCGGUUAUAAGAGACUUUUUGAGACGGUGGAGGAACUGGCCACCCCAAUGAGCGUCCACAUCACAGGUCGGUUGCCCCUAUGGCUGUCCGGCAGUCUGUUGCGAUGUGGGCCCGGACUGUUUGAAGUGGGCUCCGAGCAGUACUAUCAUCUGUUCGACGGACAAGCAAUGCUGCAUAAGUUUGAGUUCAAGGAGGGACACGUGACGUAUCAUCGCAGGUUUGUGAAGACCGACGCCUACGUCCGCGCAAUGACCGAGAAGAGGAUCGUAAUCACGGAGUUUGGCACCUUCGCUUAUCCAGAUCCGUGCAAGAAUAUAUUCUCCAGGUUUUUUUCAUUCUUCAAAGGACUCGAAGUGACGGACAACGCCCUGGUGAACAUAUACCCCGUGGGGGAGGAUUUUUACGCCUGCACUGAAACCAAUUACAUAACAAAGGUUGACCCUGAGACUUUAGAAACAGUCAAAAAGGUGGAUCUGUGUAAAUACGUCUCCAUUAAUGGCGUCACUGCACAUCCGCACAUAGAGAACGACGGCACCGUCUACAACAUGGGAAACUGCUUUGGGAAGAAUUUUUCACUUGCUUACAAUGUUGUCAAGAUUCCUCCUGUGCAGGCAGACAAAGAAGAUCCCAUAACAAAGUGCAAGGUGGUUGUCCAGUUUCCAUGUAGUGAUAGAUUUAAACCAUCCUAUGUCCACAGUUUCGGCAUGUCUUCCAAUUAUCUCCUCUUCGUAGAACAACCAGUGAAGAUUAAUCUGUACAAGUUCCUCUCUGCCUGGAGCAUCUGGGGAGCCAACUACAUGGAUUGCUUUGAAUCUAAUGAAACUAUGGGCGUGUGGAUGCACGUCGCAGAGAAGCACACAGGAGAAUACCUCAAUGUAAAAUACAGGACGUCGGCCUUCAACAUUUUCCAUCACAUUAAUACAUAUGAAGACAAUGGAUUUCUCAUAGCGGAUGUGUGCUGCUGGAAGGGCUUUGAAUUUAUCUACAAUUAUUUGUAUCUGGCCAAUUUACGGGAGAACUGGGAGGAAGUGAAGAGACUUGCAGAGAAAGCUCCUCAACCUGAAGUGCGGAGAUACAUCCUGCCCCUCGAUAUCCAGAAGAAUGACACCGGAAAGAACUUGGUGACGCUGCCCUACACUACAGCUACUGCCACCCUGUGCAGCGACGGCACAAUCUGGCUGGAGCCUGAGGUUCUCUUCUCUGGCCCUCGACAAGCUUUCGAAUUCCCGCAGAUCAACUACAGGGAGUACAGCGGUAAAGAUUACAGAUACGCCUAUGGACUGGGACUGAACAAUUUCAUUCCUGACAGGCUUGUGAAACUGAACGUCAAGAGCAAAGAAACGUGGGUCUGGCAAGAGCCCAACACCUACCCCUCCGAGCCGAUAUUUGUCCCAACCCCAGAUGCUCUGGAGGAAGACGAUGGUAAUGAUAUUUCCAGGGAUUGGUCAACGCAUAAUGAAAAGUUCUGUAACCUAGUAAUCUACUUUGCGUUUCAUUGCCUGGCCAGAUCUCUGCUUGCUGCCAGCAAACGGAAACAUUCUGUUACAGUUGUAUCCAGUCUAAGCAAUCUUCUUGGUGCUUAUACAUCAGCGGCACAAACCUUUCUCCUGUACCGUGCGUGCGCUACAAUGUAUCAGGUGACGCAAAUGGGGAUCUUGAAACUGGUGAUAUAUUCUUAAAGCAUUUAUAACUGAAACACAAGUUUGAAUGGGUUUCAGAUUAUUUGCAUAGGACUGGACAACCCCUUUAAAUUCUAAUUUGCAAUGUUUGAUAUUAGACUGGUCAACAAUGCUCAGAAAUGGAAGGAUGGCGUAGAGGGCAGCGAAUCGCUUCCUACAAAAUCGUUCAUAAAUCAGCCUGCUUGAGCAGGGAGGGGCUGGCCCCGCUGCUCAAGAGACUCCCCCUUACCGCUUGAUCUACUGCGUACCUGGCAGUGUACCGCAACAUGCGCAAGGCUCAGGAAGCAGCAGCAGAGUCUCUGCACUUGUGCUGUUACUUGGAGCGCAGGCGCGAGAUUUCUGUCCCUGUCAAUCAAG